UUUAUUCAAAAACAAAGCGAAAUUCGUUAUCAUCAUCGAAGAUAUUUUAUUAUUCAUCCGGAUAUUAAUGAAUUAUUAGAUAUUUCCAAAAGUUUAAAUAAUUGUGAGGAAUUAAAUAAGUUGAAGUUUGUCUGGGAUGUUCUCCUCAUGACUUGUGAUACUAUUAAAGAAGCAUUUAGAUUUUAUACUUAUGUUAUUAAAGAAAACUCGACAAUUAACUGGUUGCAUUUGGAUGAUUGGUUUUGGAGGAAUCAAAGUUUUCUAUUCGAUCGUAAUUUGUAUCCGGAUAGACUUCAUGAUGUUGAGAAUCUUUUUGGAAGUGAGUUUAGACAUUUGAGUGCAGGUGCUACUGAUUAUCUUCCAUAUAGUUUUAUAGAACCAAAAAUGGGAAUGGAACUUAGGGCAGUAAUGGAAUACAGUGCAAAAUUUAAUUAUUCUCUUACAAUUACGAAUGAUGAAGAGUAUUGGGGUGAAAUUUUUGAAAACUGGACGGGGACUGGUGUUCUGGGUGGAGUUGUCACUGAUAAAUAUGAUAUAGGUUUCAGUGCGUUAUUUCCGUUACCAGACCGUAUAAUUUACUCGGACUUUUCAAAACCAACAGCAUUUUCUUGUGUUUCGUGCAUUGUUCCAGCUCCAAGAAAAGUUGUUAGUUGGUUAACUCCUGUCAAAGGCCUAACACCAAAAAUCUGGGCAACAUUAAUUGGGACCAUUAUAGCGGUGAUAAUUACAUUUAAAGUUAUUAAAAAAUAUUUGUUAGGUUUUGAUAAAAGCCUAAUUCACAUUCAAACUUUAUCCGUAGUGUCAAUGUUCAUUGUGCAACCGUUGAUCAACACACAAGUUCCUAUGAAGUUUCCAUUGAGGAUGCUUUAUACUAUCUUGUUGGUGUUCGCAUUGAUGAUUACAUCGGUUUAUAAUUCACGAUUGGCAAGUUUACUUGUUAUACCAAGUUACGAGGGUGAAAUAAGCACCGUCGAUGAUUUGGCGCAGAGUGGCGUGUUAUGGGGUGAAUUGGCCAUCGAUUGGGUCCUGCCACUCGAAGUCGACGAACGCCCGACGUACGAAAUCGUUUACAAAAACUUUCGCGUCGCAGAUGAUGACGCCCUGCGGGAUAUUCGUUAAAGGGCAACUUUGCCUUCGGGAUGGAAAGAUUAAUUACUGGAUAUUAUGCCGUUGGGUCGUAUUUACGUCAAGAUGUUAUUCAUAAGUAUCGAGCAAUGAAGGCGGAUCUUUAUCGGCAAUACACAUGUCUGCAAUUAAGAAAAAGUUCUGUUCUACUGCCAUCUUUUGAUUUGUUUCUU